AUAAAAAAAACACUCACUCUUGGACUCAACAGCCAGUGUGAUGUCAUGGUCAAUAGCCUGUCCCCAUGCAAUGAGCAUGACAGUCACUGCAUGGUCAUGGAAACCUUCAUCCCUGUGCAUAACGACUCUGGCGAUCUGGCCCACAUCUUUAUUGGACAGGUCUCGCUUGCUGGGAGCAGGAAGUCCAAGUCUGCUUUUGGCCUCAUGGAAUGCAUGGGACCAGCAUCUGCACCAUAUGCUGGAGCACGGAUACCAAGACCAGGGGAACAAAAUGGUUGUGCACUAAUUAUUCCAGGACCUGGAAAGUCAGCUGGGGUUGAUUUUCCCCUUGGGGGCUUCUCAAAUGCCAUUGGUCCCAACAGAAAAACUCAGCAACUAGCUGUUUCACAGGCGUAUGAUGGACCAGGCACAUGCAUAACAUACGAAUCCAUUAACCAUGCAUUCCAUGAGGCCAAAAGCAGACUUGGACUUCCUGCUCCCAGCCAGCGGGACCUGUCCAAUAAAGAUGUGGGCCAGAUCGCCAGAGUCGUUCUGGAGACAUCUAGGAUCAUCUCCAGACAGUAUUCACUGCCAGCAGAUGCCAUCACAAAUGGACUACCACUAAUUGACACCACCAAGACAGUGAUUGACCAAUAUUGCCCCUACUUCCUCAAGUUCCCAGCUUGUGAACCCAAAAGGUACAGGACCUACACUGGGCUCUGCAACAACCUGGAGAAACCCCACUGGGGGUCAGCCCAGAGUGCCUUCAAGCGCCUACUCCCACCAGCUUAUGCAGAUGCGAAAGGGAAUAGGCAUCUUCCCAGCAAAGAAUGGGGGCGUUGGGCUGCGGAACGUUUUGACAUUGGCAUUGGCAACGCCAUUGCAGCGUCAUUGUCCAAAUGGGGCUGA